AUUGCGCCCUUCCCUCGUGUACUAACUCACCGCCGGUAUUAUCAGUGUUGUUUCGAACGUUGUGAAGUGUCUUCCGUUCCGUUCUGCGAAGUUGGUGGCACACAACUAAUCGUGUUCAAAAAAAGUGAAUUUCUUCUUUAUUGUUAUCAAAAAUAUUAUUAAGGAUUUUUCUGUUAUAAAUUCCCCGAUAAAUUGGGAUUUAUAACAACAAAAAAUGUUUUUUCAAAAAUUACUAAAGGGUCGCAUCCCUAUUGAACAAUUGCAAUUAUCUGAAAAAAAUUAAUGAAUAAUUUAAAUUCUACUAUCUUAUUAGUCUCUCAACUUUCUAUGAUUAAUCAUACCGAAUUAUUAUAAUCUUCAAGUCAAGAAAAGUGAAACAAAAUGUACAAAAUACGACUAUAUGUGGUUCAAGAGCAAGAGGAGACUUCACCAGAUGAAGAAUAUUUUGAUGACGAUGAUUAUUCACCGCCAAUGAUGCAGAGAAGAAAUUCUCGACGUCCAAGUAUGUUGAGGCAGAAUGUCAUUCAAAAAGAUCGAAAAUCUGAUUCAGUCUCGCCAAAAUUAAAGCAAAUUCGUCAAGAAAUGAAUAAAUGUGAUGUCAAUUCUCUGGAAAAGACCUUCUCAAACAGAGGUGGAAAUCUUCCAAUGGAAAAUGGUAUAAUUUAUGAAAAACCAUCAGUGCCAUCUCCUAUUUUACAGAAAAAUCAUGGAAAUAUAAUACCACGAAAAUCGGUAUUUGCCUCACCGAGAAUCAAGCAAUUGGCUCUUAAUCUUCAGGAAAAGAUGUUGGAGAGAAAUGCUAAACUUCAAGGGGAGAAUAUCAAUGUUAAUUUGCAAGAUUCAAAUGAUGAUGAUGAUGAUAAUGAUAAUAAUAAAUUCGGAAAUUGUCGUUUAAAUAAAAAUGACAAUUUUUUAAGAACUCUCACUCCAAUCAUUGAGAAUUUAAAUGGUAAUGGAGAAAUCGUUGAUAUCAAGAAAGUUGAGAGACAAUCAAACAAUGAUAAUAAUUCUUGGAUUAACAAGACAUGUGAAUAUGAUCAAGUAGACAAUGCAGAAAGAAAGAAAAAUAUAAUAAAUGAAAAAUUUGACGCCAAAUCACCAAUAAUUCUCCGAGAGAAAUGUGAUUUGAUUCAAGAUAAAAUCAAUCAUGAUGAUGAUAGUUCUAUAAAAAGUAAUUGUUCUACCGGAUCAACAAUUGUACGUAGGAAUAACAAACUCAACAGAUAUAGGGAGUAUGACCUCGAGCAGAAGAUCGAAGUGGAGAUCAAAAUGCGAGAAGGAUCCACGAGACUUUUGGCAGCUUCACGACAUCGUGCGCAAUCUUUGGAAGCUGCCAAAGCACUUUUGACAUCUAACGAAAGGAUGUCCGCAUAUAUGGCUGAAUUACAACGACGCAAAUCAAGCUUACCCGUUAGUACUGCAAGAGUCUCGUUUUCGGAUCUAAGGGUACCUCUCAUGUGGAGAGAUUCGGAUCAUUUUAAAAAUCGAGGUGACUAUAGACGAUUUGCCGUCUUCUGUUUGGCUCGCAUCGGCACCGAAAUUCACGACACUGCACUUCUUUGGCCCGUUGAUCGUGUUCUUACUGAUAUCAGCUUUCCAGAUGUACUAGUAUUUAAUAACGUGCCAGCAGAUUUUCAAUUGACACUUGAGAUCUACAGUCAUAUACUUCAGGAAGAUAUGAGUAUUGCGAGUACACCGCGAAGAAUCAAAAGAACAAUUCAUUCCUCGAUUUCAAAAACCGUUGGUAAAAAAUUGGCUGCUUCCCUUCGUGAUGAACUUAACUCGGGAAAAAUGGGACCACAAUUUGAAUUAAUGGCAUCUGCAAGGUUAACGUUGGACGACACAGAUGAUAAUAUUCAUACCCACGAUUUGGUCAUUAACAAUUUAGAAAAUAAAAAUCACGCUCUACCUCUGUUUGGACAUUUUUGCUGUCGUCUGGCCGCUCAACCAGACUGUGUGAGCAAGGAAAUAUGUACAGGAAAUAUUAAUUUGAAUGGCCGAAAUUGUUGGGCUCGUCUACAGGGAUUCGAAAUACAAACCUGGGAAUCGAGAAAAUUAGCUGAAGAAGAUCAAAGUCCUGCUCAUGUCAUCACUGUUAAUAGAGAAACUUCUAUUCAACCAUCAAAAUCUUCGAAAGAAUUACGCAUUAUUAACACUAUCGAUGGCGCUGAGAAGACAACAACAAUUAAAUUAGAUUCGAGUGAAGAGGCUCAAAAAUGGCUGAGACAAUUAAAUACUCACGUCAAGGAUCAUCUUAGAUGGAAACAUGCUGCCGAAUCUCUGCAAAAUGUACCUUGUGUCGAUACUGCUAGAAAUUCAUUUAUAGGAAAUAAGAGGCAAGGAUCAUUGUACGAUGAGACACCUUUAAUUGAAUCUGAUUAUACCUCUUCGCGACCAACGGUGCAGGAAAUCUUCGGAUUAUCAUCAAAUUCAUCAACACUGAGAUUGCGUUCCCAUAGUACCAGUGGAACACGAAAACUCGAAACUCUUAUGGCCAUUCUCCAACAAAAGUCACGAUUAGGUUGAUAAAAUUUACCAAUAUCAAUAUAUUUUAAAAAAAAGUCUCCAAGAGACUUUUUUUUGUAGCAAUUAUCUGUUCUUGUGGAACAAGAAACCAGGACGACUUGCUGGACAAUUAUAUAUUGUAUUUUGCGUAGGAGUUUCCGACAAAGAGACUUGAUUAUCUUCAUAGUCUACUACUCGACUUGAAAAGACUGAUUGAAAAGAAAUGUAUAAAAGAAAAGAAAACAAAAAAGAAGUGAAAAAGACACUCAAAAAAAUAGCAAUAAUUAUGGCAUUGCCCGAACAUACUCAAGGUUUUUUUUUUAGUUAUAAAAUGUCAUGUAAAAAAAAUUUAUUUAAUUUUGUGUUUUGUAAAAAACUUAAUGCGAAUAAAUUAGGUUUAUUUGCGUUAAGAAAAUUUUUGCAGGUGAAAAAAAUCGUUUACAAUAUUGAGAUUAUAUGUUUAAUAUGAUCAUGUAUUUAACAAUGUAAACGUAAUUAAUUUUCCAGAAGUUUGAUUUUUAUGAGCUUGCAUGGAAAAAAUGGCUUUUUUUUUUGAAUUCGGUGAGGCAAUUUUAUUUUACUUUUUGCCGAAAAUUAACCAAUUAAUUUGGUUUUCAAUAAUUAAAUGAAUUAGAAAUUUUUUUUUUUUUGUGAAUACGUAAUAAAUUGAGUUUUUCGAGUAUUUUUAUGACGUGAAUAAAAAUUUAAGAAGCGAGCAAUAAUUUUUAUUACGGUUUGCAUUCCAUGACCCCCUGCUCUUAUUUUUUAGGUCGAUAUUUCUUUAUUUCUUUUCACGUUACGAUUACCAUGAAUAUUAAAGAAAAGUGUAGAAUAUUAUUGCUAAGUGUAAUAUUUUUUUUAAUGGUAUCACUGCUGUGAAUUACGAUUUUUGUUAAUGAAUUUAUUGAGUCAGUAAUUAGCACAUAUUGAGUUUAUGAUACAGACACAAUUUAAUGUAUUUCUCAGCGAUAAUAUAUGUAAAACUUUGCUUAGAAUGAUACAAUUUAUAAAGUGUCAAUAUUAUGCGAAUAUUCAUACUCUUUUUUUUGAAAAUUUAUUUGAAAUUCAAUUUAUUGUGAUUUAUGAUACGAAAUAAAUAUCAAUAAACCCAAUUAGAAAAUAUA